GUUUGCAUGCAGCUGGAUGAUAUUGUGUUUGCAUGGUGACAGUUGAGCAUAAAGUGGAGUAACAGACAUAUGUUGCUGGCAGAGUAUGGAGUGUUUGAUGUAGUUCUUGAUAUGGUGUGGUGUUCUGGCAGUAAUUUGGCCCACCUUAAAAUGAUAAGGCACAAAGGAAGCUUGCAAAGACAUCUCAUGACCUUAGUAAAAUGGCAGUCAUCUACCUGGUGGAUGUGGACAAGGUGCCGGUGUACACCCAGUAUUUCGACAUCAGUUACAUCCCAUCUACCAUCUUUUUCUUCAAUGGACAACACAUGAAGGUUGAUUACGGGUCUCCAGAUCAUACUAAAUUUGUAGGAAGCUUCAAAACAAAGCAAGACUUUAUAGAUCUGAUUGAAGUGAUUUACCGUGGUGCAAUGCGUGGGAAGCUCAUCGUGAGAAGUCCCAUUGAUCCCAAGAAUAUUCCUAAAUACGACCUUCUCUACCAAGGAAUUUAAUGCGUUSGUCUGAGGUAAAGGAUUGCUGAACUGGUCCUACUGUUUUUUUUCAAGCAUUUUAGCCACCUUUGACACCGUGGGACAGUUUGAGCAUUUAUACUGAAGGAUCACAUUGGUCUCCUCCUGAAGACAGAUAUUCUGUCAUGUAAAUACUUCU